CUGACUGGCAGCACUGCUGGGCUGCACUGGUGGGUGGCACUGGUGGGCAGCACUGGUGGGUGGGCACAGGUGGGCACAUGUAGGUGGCACUUCUGGGCACAGGUAGGUGGCACUGCAGAGUGGCACAGGUGGGCACUGGUGGGCACAGGUGGGGGCACUGCUGGGCGGCACAGGUGGGCGGAACUUGUGUGUGGCACUGCUGGGCACCGACCAUCAGGGCACUUUACGAUCAGUGACCCUGAUGAUCGGUGCCGAUCCCCGCCGAUCCCUGCUCUGACAACUGCCGGUUUUCGGCAGUACUUUCCUCACGAUCUGACAGCGUGAGGAAAGUGCAGCCGAGAACCGGCAUUUGCAU